AUGGAUCUGGACACAGAGAAUCGUCUAGCUUCAUUACUCCUUGAAGAAGCACGGAGAUUACAGUCAGAGGCUGACAGGGAAGGUGUUCAUGCAUAUCUGCGAAAGCCCAAUGUUAGGCAUCGUCCAAACUCCCGGUUCCUCACAGCCACAGUUCGUGGAGUUCAACAAGCAAACCGUGUUGUGGAGGUUGAUGAAAUGUGGCGUGCCAGGGAGAAGGAACUUGAACUUGAGUGUAAGCUGAAAAGAAGAAAUAAAGAGCGUGGUGACUCCAGAGGGGAGAAACGCAAAGGUGACUCGAGAAAUAUGAGUUCCAGCUCAAAGAUUGAGGAAGGAACUGCUUAUAAUAGUUCUUACUCAGACCAGGAUGAUGGUCUAGGGGAUGAUGAAGUUGAAAAGUUUCUGCAUUCAAGGGUAAAGCGAGGAAGAGGUGCGGUUGGCUCUAGGAUGGACGAACCUGGUCCAUACCUAAAGGCUUCAUCGCAUUGUCGAGACAAAGAACCUAGCCCGGAUAUACGUUUGGAAGAGAAAUGGGAACGCCGAGUGCAAGGUCCGGAGAGGCCACUGUUUCUGAGAUCCAAGUCUCCCGAUGAUUGUUGGCAUAAGGAAACAUUGGAUGAUAAGCCAUCCAGCUCUUGUGAGCCAGAACCACACAGGAAGAAGGAAAAUAAAAAGGGGAGGAGAUCGUCGGAGAAAAAAGAGAGAAAGGAGAGAAAAGACAAGAAGAAAGCCAAGCAUCGGCACUGCCACCACCACCAUCACAAAAGCCGAAGAAGGGAGUGA